AUGUCACCAACAUCAUCGUCAUCCACCAUCUAUGAUCAUUUAAUGAUCAAUUUUCAACAACAACCUAAAAUGAUUAUGAGAAAUAAUGCAACUUCAUUGAACAGUACAUAUGACAUAUCGAAUAAUUUAUAUUCAUCAAAUUCAAGAUCUGAUUGUGACAAUUUAUCGAUGAUGAAAAAAACAAAAUCUAUACCAAUUAAUAAAGAUGAACGAUCAAAACGACGAUAUACAAUAACACAUCUAACUGUACCGGAACCUAUUGUACGUUGUUCAGUGAGUAAUCAAGCAUAUGAUAAAGCAAUUAUACAACAACCUUUAACAUCUCCAAAUAUUUCUUCAACAUGUCAAGAUAUAAAUUCAGCAUGUUUUCAUUCACCAUUCUCAAAAAAUAUUCAAGUUAAACAAAUGGAUUUUCGUCCAUUAAUUACAAAUGGACGUCGACGAUUUACAACAAUAUCUUCAGCUUCACCAAUGAUUAUUAUUAAGAAAAAAUCUCUAUCACCUAUGCAUAAUAUGUCUUUGGACCAGAAACAAUUGCGUUGCACAAUUCCGGUCAAUAUUACUAGUAGCAAUACACCAAUAGUUGUUAGUACUGUGAUAACAUCAUCAUUAUGUUCUCCUUCUUCUUCCUCAUCUACUACAUCGACACAUGGGGGUACUGUUACUGUGCCAAUUCAAGUGAUAAAGACUCAGAAAAAUAAUAAUAAAAAUAAUACUAUUUUCACUACUACUAAUAAAACAAAUGAGAGUCAGAAAGGUUAUCGUUACGUUCAAAAACAAUCACAACAAUUCAAGCCACUAACAAUCAUAAAAACAGAAAAUAAAGUUCCAUUAUCAUUUAUUCUAACGGGUGACGAUAAUGGACCUACAAGAAUGCCGUCUUCAUCAUCAGUUGGUGGAGAUGGCAAUAAUCAUAAUUCAACAAUAAUGACGGAUUCAAAUGUACUUCGUUUAAUUCGUCGUUAUGAUCCUGUAGGUGCAAAUAUUAUUAAUAUACAAAAUCGUCGUUCACUUGAAAAUGAUCGACGAGCAGCAUUUCAUGAAGCUUCUCAAAGAUCAAAAUCAUCAUUACCAUCGAAUUUAUCUUCAUCGUCAUGCACAUAUUUAUCACAAUUAACAUCAAGUUCAGCACAUAAUGAUAAUUGUUCGGUAAAACAAUCACCAGCACCUCGUCUGCAACAUCAACAAGCAAUUGAUGAACAAGAACUUUCACCAUCACCAUCAUCAUCAAAUAAAACAAAUGCUUCAGUCCGACCAAUUCUUAAAUAUACUCCACCAACAUCACGUGCUGAACUCAAUGUUUCACCAAAAAAAAUUGAACCGUUAACUAUUAAAAUUGAACCAUUAACUAUUGAAAUUGAACCACAUGUUCCGCUGACAUCAUCAAUUAUAUCAAAUGAAAAUGCAAUUACAUAUCAACCAUUAAUUACAACUGGUACAAAAAGAGUUUGUGCAGCAAUAAGUAAAUCGGAAUGGGAUUUACGUUUACAAAAUGAUGUUUCUUCUUCGAUUGUACCACCAUCAUCAACAACACCUACGUUUCCUGUUCGAUCUCCUUCACCAUAUACGAUAAUUAAUCAGCAACAGGAAAAAGAACCUUAUCGAACAUUACUUGAUCAAAGUAAAAGUUCAAUAGAAAUCAAGAAUAAUAAUGAUGAAGAUGAUCAUAUUGAUGAUCUUCAUAAAAAUUCUUCAUCAAUUACAACUGGUUCUUGUGUUAAAAAACUUCAAGAAUUAUUUAAUACAAAAUCAUCAUCACUUGAUUUAAUAAAUUCACCAAUAAGUAAACAACAAAAAACUAAUUCAGUUGAAUCAAAUCUUAAUCGACAUUUAAAUAUAUAUGGAACAAGUGUAAAUAAAUCAGAUGUAUUAUCAUUAUCAUCUUCACUUGUUCAAAAACUUCCUAAUUCAAAAUCAAUUGAAUCACAAAUACAUAAAAUAUCAAGUGACAAUUUAAUUAAACCAAUAACAAUGAAUCAAGAAGAUGCACCAACAUCUUCACCAUUACUUAAAAGACCUAUACUUAAAAGUCAAAAAGCUUUUGAUAGUCCUGAAUCAAUAAAUUUUUCAAAUAAUAGCAAUCCAAUGCCAUCAUCUGAAGUUUCUUAUGAUGCUUAUCGUUUUCGUCGUCUAAAUGAUCAUGAUCAAAUGACAACAACACGUUUAAAAAAUGUGGCCAAAGUUGAACCGUAUUCAAUAAAUACAAAUAUGGUUCGUCCACUUUAUCAAUCGUUAUCUUCACAACCAAAAACAACAGUACCAUUAAAGUCACGUAGUAUACUUAAUAGUAUGGGAAAUACUCCAAGUAAUUCAUCAACAUCUUCGUCAGCUGCUUCUCUUAGUGGCACAAUUCGUCAUCCUAAUGUUCGUCAUUCAGAUUUUCUAGUACCGAAUCCUGCAUAUUCAAUACCACUACCGCAACCACCGCCGCCGCCACCACCACCACCACCACCACCUCCUCCUCCUUUACAUGCAUCUCAACCUUUAUCAAAUUCUUCAUCGUACGCAACACCUCCAUCAUCAUCAAUAUUAUUGUCAGAAUCACUUUCGCAAGGCUCACCGCAUCGAUUAUCAAACAAGAGUAAUACUCCAUUGUAUGCUGUACGUUCUACUAGUUUGGCUUCAUCAGUAAAUACUGCUCAGCAAAAAUAUCGAUCGCCUACACAAGCAGAUUUUUAUUCUGGAAAGCAAACAUAUUCUCCUUUAACAUAUAAUAAUGGUAAUGGUAAAAUAGUUAAUAAUAAUAAUAAGUAUGAACAAUUCGAUAAUUAUACCCCUCCACCUACUUCAUACCAUUAUCGACCAAGAGAAUAUAUAUCAUUAACAACACCAAUUAAUACCUCGUUAAUUAAUGGUCAUCAACAAUCUCAAGGAUCAAUAUGUACAAAACUGGUCGAACAAUCACAAAAUGAACGAUCCAAUAAUGGACAACAACAACAACAACAACAACAACAACAACAAAUUCGUCGUCGUUUUCAGCGACGUAAACAAAUGAAGCGUUCGAAAAGUGCUGAUCUAUAUCAAGAAGCUUCAUCAAUAUCAUCGAAAAGUCAAAAUAAUAAGAAUUCUUUUUUUUCAUCAACAAAUCAUAAUGAACCUAGUAGAUACAAUCGACAGCCACGAUCAAUAAGUCGUGAUUUCAUAGGAGGAGGAGGAGGAGGAGGAGAUGGAAAUCUAUCACCAUCAUCAUCGACAUCAUCAAUGUCAACAGCUAAUAUUGAACGUAUUAAUCGAGCUGCUUUACUUCGUUAUAAAUCCUUAGAUUCAAUGACAUUUAAUAAUCGAGAAUCAAAUCUUAAUGGAAAAAAUAAUAAUCGAAGAGCAAUAUCAAAACCGAUAAAUGUCGAUUAUGAUAGCGAUGAUUCAAUAUGUGGAAUACCAAAACCUAGAAAGUUUUGUACUGACUCAAAAAAUGUUAUUAAAUCAGAGAGAUCAUUGUUUGAUUCUUCAUCACCAGGAAAAGAUCGUUCUAUUUGUACACGAGCAAUAUCUAUCCACGAUAUUGGUAAUAGUGGUACAAGUACGGGAAUUACAAAUUCUAUACGUAAAAAUGAGAUUACAGUCGAUCAAACAAAUAUAUUGGUCGAAUCAAGUUCUUCUAAACAAUUAUCAUCUGCAAAAACAAGAGACAAUAAAAAAGAAGGACGAAACAUAAUGCAGAAAGAACAAAAAUCUGGAUCAUCGCUUGCUGAACCUCAAUUUUAUGCACGAACAUCGAAUACAUCAACUAAAAAACAAUAUGAUUUAAUCUUUCAGAAACCUGAUCAAAUAUAUUCAUCACCAAUGAUUAAAGAUACAUAUCACGAUGCUAUCGAUGAUCUUCAAAUCAAUAAAGACCCAAUAACUGAUAUUAGAAACAUGUCAACAAAAAUUUACACAAAUUGGAAUCCUACAUAUGAAGAAGAGUAUAUAAAACAUCCUAUACCAAAUCAAGAAUUACUGAUUGUCGAACCUAGAGAUGUUAAAAUUCAAAAAAGUUUUCCAUUAGAAAAUGAAAAAAUAACAACAUCAUCCAUCAAUACUAUUGUUCCUAAUGCAUUUCAAUGUCUUCAUCCAUUUGAUAUAGAAAAUGAAUUUCAAAAUGAAACAAUAAUAACAUCAUCAUCAUCCUCAUUGAUUCGUCCAUUGAAAUCUUCUAUUGAAAAAAUGCAACAUGAUUUUGAUGAUAACAAUGAUACUUCAACAUCAACAACAAAUCGUUCAAUACAUUUACCUAUUGAAAAACAACGUAGUCUUUCAGAAAUUAUUCGAAAACGUAAUAGUAGAUAUAAAGUUGAAGAUUAUAAACGUUCAUUUCAAAAAUUUCAUACAUUUGAUCAACAACAAUCAGAUUAUUAUCGAUCAUUAACAACAUCAAAAAGUGAUCAUACUUUAUCGAAUAAUCAAACAUCAAUUUCAAAUACAAGUCCCAAAGAAACCAAACGUUUAAUUAAAACAAAAUCAGUUGAUCUACCUACUGAAUACAAUAAACGAACAUAUACAUCCAUGGAACAAUUCGAACCAAAUAAUAAAAAUUCUGAACAAAAAAAUUCUUAUGAAAACAAUGAAAUUAAUGACAAAAUGACUGUUGCUGCUAAAAAAAAUUUAUUUGAAGUAUUUUCAAAAGAUGUACUACCUAGUCCUCAUUUGACACGUUCAAAAUCAUUUAAACAAGAAAAUUCUUCCCUUGUAUCCAACGAAAUCAAAUCUCCGUUAUUAGCAAAAACCUAUAAUAUUGAAAAACAACAACAACAAUCUAAACCAGAAGAUAUAAUUCUAUCAGAAACUGAUGAUAUUUCAGUAGAACAUACUACUGAUGUAUUCGGUGAUGAUACAUCAAAAUUAACAUUUAAAGAAAAAAUGGUUCUUUUUAAUAAAACGAAAAAUAUGGGAUUAACAUCAUCAUCAUCAUUAAAACCUAAUCGUAGUCGACUUACUCAGCCAAUAACUGCUGAAGAAGUUCAAGCAGCUGAAAAUCUAUCUCCUGAACCAUCAACAUCAAGUUCAAAACAGUUAACAACAAAACCUCUUGUGAAUGAUAAACCCCUAAUGCAUGACAAUUCUUUAUCAUUAUCAAUUAAUUCUUCAUUAGAAGAAAUUUUUUUUCCAAUAAAAUCAACCCUUCGAACAAAUGUUUUACAAGAAAAUUGUUUUGAUGAAGAGCAUGUUAAACACUUAUCUAUGCACAAUAUUGAUGAUACAACUAUGCUGAGUCCGGAAGAAGUAGAAAAUAUGAUACCGGUGAGCAAAAGACUCGAACAAUUAAAAACAUACGGUGAAAAUGAAUGGAAAAAACGUGUUAAAUCAAUAAAUGAUGCAAAUGAAUUUACUGUUGAAGGCAAACUUCGACAAGCAGGAAAAAUUCCUACACUUACGGAUGAACUAAAACCAUUGCCAAAGAGUACACGUAAAACUCCAACAUUAAAAUAUAAUGCAAAAAAAAACAAUAUUGAUCAAGAACAACGUGCUAAAACUGUAGAUAUUAUCCGUCUGAAAACUGGUUAG